AUGGCAGACACCAUCCUUGAAAUGGAAGAGAUAAAUGGUGAUGAGCAAUUUUUACAAGAAACGACAUCCAUCGACCAAAGCAUCACAACCAUAAACAAGAAUCUUGAAAGUAUUCGCAGCAUUCAGACGCAAAUUAUAAAGAGCACAUCGGUAAACGAAGAACAAGAACAUACUCGUGCACGAGAACCAAUUGCCGCAUCGACGAAAAAUCUACUAUUUCAAGUGAAAGAUCGUAUUCGGAAAAUCGAACGAGAAAAUAUCGAACUGGAAUAUAAGAAAAAGGACGUCGGACUACGUAAAACUCAGUAUUCUCGACUAAAAGAAAAAUUCACAAAUGCCAUUAAUGCGUAUCAAAUGGUCGAGCAGACGUAUCGACAAUUACAGGAAGAACGGAUCGCUCGUCAGUACGUUGUCGUGAAUCCUAAUGCGUCGAGACAAGAAAUUGACAAUUUUGUUAGAAAUUCUUCAGGUAAAUUGGUUUUUCAGGAUGCGUCAUUAAGAUCAAACGAAGUUCGUGCGGUCGCAGCCGAAGUACAAAAACGACACCAUGAUAUCAAGAAUAUCGAAAAGACGAUAGAAGAAUUGGUUGUAUUGACGGAACAGAUAGCACUGUCUAUCGAAGAACAGGAUGAUGUUAUUAAACAUAUUGGAGACAAUAUCGACACUACAGGGGAUCAAUUAACAAAGACAGAUACUCAACUCAAAUUAGCUCGCAAAUAUGCAAUUUCUGCUAGAAAAAAGAAAUGGAUUUUUGCGGCAAUUAUUCUUGUAAUUAUCGCGAUUAUUGUCGUGAUUGAACUACGUAUAUCUUGA